CUUUGAAUUUAUUUAUUAAUGCAAUAACAGACAGGAAAAUUCAUGGAGUUCAUUAAUAGCAACGAUAAGUUAAGAAUGAAUGAGUUGAAACAAAUAGAGCAAGAAUAGUACUACAUUAGUUAAUUGAAAGAGCAAAGAGAGAGGGUAUAAAUAUAUUGAAAUAGAAUACAGAUGGAAGUAUUAAAAGUGGAAUUUUUAAAGAAGGAUCAAGCGAUUGGAGAAUUGUAGAUUUAGAAUUAGAAUUUGUCAGAUGAUAUUGUUUAAUUAAGAGUUGCUUUUCAAGAAUAGAUAAAAAAUUAAGAGAAGGAGAUUUAGAGAUCAAAGAAAUAGAUUUAGGAAAGGGAUGAUUUAUUGAGAGAUAUAUAAGAGUUAAGUGAGUUGGUUUUACAUUUAAGAAAGGAUAAUGAUAAUUUGAAUGUAAAUGAAAAUAUAAAUUUAGUCGUUACAUUUAGAAAGAUAGCGUGAAUAAGAGGAAUAGAAAAUGAAAUGGGAAUUGGAUAAUGAAUAAUUGAAAGUUGAAAUUUAAAAGUUAGAUGAUUUGUUAUUUGCAAUGGAACCAAUAAAGGAGGAGAAUUAGAAAUUGAAAGAAGAAAUGAAAAAUUAUAAAAGUGAGAGAAAGAAAAUAUAAAGUGAAAUGAGAUAGAGUAGAAUAGAAAUAAAUUAGUAGUUAGAAGAAUUAAAAUAAGUUAUAUAGGAUUAAUAAUAAGAGAUAGUGAAACUACAAUAAUACAAAGAAAAUCAUCAUUAGAUGAGAUAUUAAUUGAGUGAAUUAGAUAGAAAAGUGGGAUUAGUGAAAUAAGAGAAUGAAGAAUUGAAAUAAGAAUUAAAGAGAUUUUAUGAGAAGGAGGAAAGUGAGAUAAAGAUGAAAUCUGAAAUUGAUAGAGUAUAAUAAUGAUUAAAAUAUUUAGGUUAGAUAAGAUUUGAUUUCAGUUAGAAAUUAAGAAGUAGAGAAAUUAAAUGAACUAUUUAAAGGUAUAGUAUCAUAAAAAUUAAUGAAAACAUCAUCUUUUUGUAUCUGA